GUCCCUGUCGCCGGGAGCGCGGCCCGUGGCCCUGGAGGAGGAGAUCGUGUCCGAGAAGGCGGCCGAAGCGAGCCACCGGCAGGACAGCGCCAACCUGCUCAUCUUCAUCCUCCUGCUCACCCUCACCAUCCUCACCAUCUGGCUGUUCAAGCACCGCCGCGCGCGCUUCCUCCACGAGACUGGCCUGGCCAUGAUCUACGGUGUUCUGGUGGGGGUCGUCCUUCGCUACGGGAUACACAUUCCCAGUGAUAUCAACAAUGUGACCUUAAGCUGCCCGGUGCAAACAAGUCCUGCUACCUUGUUGGUCAACCUCAGUGGGAAAUUCUACGAGUAUACCCUGAAGGGAGAAAUCAGCGCCCACGAACCUCAUAAUGUUCAGGAUAACGAGAUGCUCAGAAAGGUGACCUUUGAUCCGGAAGUAUUCUUCAACAUAUUACUCCCUCCAAUUAUAUUUUAUGCAGGAUACAGCUUGAAAAGGCGGCAUUUUUUCCGAAACCUGGGAUCCAUCUUAGCAUAUGCAUUUCUUGGAACAGUGAUCUCCUGUUUAGUUAUCGGAUCCUUCAUGUAUGGCUGUGUUGCACUGAUGAAAGUAAUGGGGCAGCUUGGAGGAGACUUCUACUUUACUGAUUGCCUGCUGUUCGGUGCCAUUGCCUCAGCUACUGAUCCAGUGACUGUCCUUGCCAUAUUCCAUGAGCUUCAAGUUGAUGUUGAGCUCUACGCCCUUCUCUUUGGAGAAAGCGUGCUCAAUGAUGCAGUUGCCAUCGUGCUGUCUUCUUCGAUUGUAGCCUACCAACCCGCAGGAGACAACAGCCACACUUUCGAUGUCACGGCAAUGUUCAAGUCCAUUGGAAUUUUCCUGGGGAUAUUCAGUGGAUCGUUUGCCAUGGGGGCAGCUACCGGAGUUGUCACUGCUUUGGUCACCAAAUUUACCAAACUCCGUGAGUUCCAGCUGCUGGAAACUGGGUUGUUUUUCCUGAUGUCUUGGAGUACUUUUCUGUUGGCUGAAGCUUGUGGUUUUACAGGUGUCGUAGCAGUAUUGUUUUGUGGGAUCACGCAGGCACACUAUACUUAUAACAACUUGUCCACUGAAUCUCAGCACAGAACUAAACAGUUGUUUGAACUUCUCAAUUUCUUGGCUGAAAACUUCAUCUUCUCCUACAUGGGUCUGACAUUGUUCACCUUCCAGAAUCAUGUGUUUAAUCCAACGUUUGUUGUGGGAGCUUUUCUGGCAGUAUUCCUGGGGAGAGCUGCAAACAUUUACCCUCUCUCUUUCCUGCUUAAUUUGGGGAGAAGAAACAAGAUCGGGACAAAUUUUCAACAUAUGAUGAUGUUUGCGGGUCUUCGUGGAGCCAUGGCCUUUGCCUUGGCCAUUCGGGACACGGCCACCUAUGCCCGGCAGAUGAUGUUCAGCACGACACUUCUGAUUGUGUUUUUCACUGUCUGGGUGUUUGGCGGUGGCACCACAGCCAUGCUCUCAUGCCUGCAUAUUAGGGUUGGUGUGGAUGCAGAUCAAGAGAACUUGGGAGUGCCAGAAAAUGAAAGGAGAAGUACUAAAGCAGAGAGUGCCUGGCUUUUCCGACUGUGGUACAACUUCGAUCAUAACUACCUGAAGCCUCUCUUGACCCACAGUGGCCCUCCUCUUACAACUACUCUUCCCAGCUGCUGUGGGCCCAUUGCAAGAUGCUUGACCAGCCCACAGGCUUACGAGAACCAAGAGCAGCUGAAAGAUGAUGAUUCAGAUCUUAUUUUGAACGACGGAGACAUCAGUUUGACGUACGGGGAUUCAACCGUGAACACAGAUUCUUUGACAUCUGGUACAUCUAGAAGGGUAGCAGGAAAUGGUUCUGAGGAUGCACUGGACCAGGAGCUUGGCUUUGGAGAUCAUGAACUUGUCAUCCGGGGUACACGCCUAGUUCUCCCCAUGGAUGACUCGGAACCUCCCUCAAACGUAGUAGAUAAUGCUCGACACGGUCCAGCAUAAGAUCUAUAGUUUGAUUUGACUGUCAGUCAAAAUCAACUCAAAUCCACAUACGAUCAUGAAGAAAAAUGUACUACCUACAACGAAAACCUACUGCAUGUCUCAGAAUGUCUAAGCUGUAUAAAUAUUUAUUUAUUUAUAUGGUGUCAGGGGAAUAUAACUAUCUGUACGAGGCAACUUGUGAAGAGCAAGCUGUUAAUUUCAUAAGUUUAAAAUCAACACACAAACUCAUGGACUGCACUGUGUAACAGUGGAACUGUUUCAGAACAAAAUUCUGUGGGUGAAGAGAAGAGAAAAGAAUGGGAUGAAACAAUUUGCUUUUCUGUUGUCUUAUGAAAAAGUCAACAUUUCUCUGAGAGCAGAAAAGAGGUGGUGGAGAACAUUAGUUUGCUAUGCCUCUAGAUGACCAGUGUUUUAGCUACCCAUGACAGUCGCUUUAGAGUAUGACUGCUUUGGAAUCUUGAAAUUUUACUUUGAAGCACAUCCAUACGAUUUGGUAGAGUAGAUCUGGACAAAAAUUGCCCAGAUGGCCUCUAUCUUUAGGCUUCCAAAGCAAUGAUCUUCGCUGAUGGUCAUUUGCUAAGAAGCUGGGAUGGAAAUGCAGGACUGUCACUUAAUAAAUUGGGAAUAAUGACUUGUAAACAUGAGCAAUUCGCAACCCUCUUCCAGUUCGCACAACAGGGUCACGUUAUAAGACCAGAGGUGGUUCUAAUGAAGUCCGUUCCUUUUGAGUUUGUACGUAUUUUGAGGGUGGUUAUUUUUUUGUUUUGUUUUAAUUUCUCUAGCCUUAACAAGGACGUAGUAAAAUUUCCCACAAUAGGUUCAGGUUUUGAGUUAUGCAGCAGUCAAACGCUGGCAGAGUUUGGUUUCUCACAUAGAGGAUUAAGCAGUGUUUCUAGAGCAGGUAAGGACAGUAUGAAGAUGUUACUGGGUUCCUUUUUAGCUUCUAGUUGAGCGGCUGUGCCUUUCUGGUAUGUAAUCUCCCCCUUUCUUAUGGUGUAACUGUUAAGAAGACCAGUUGAAGUUACUAGUCUGGUACAGUUCCAUGCUACAUUGUGGAGUCCAGCUGUGUGAAUAGCACAUGCAGAGUUUUGAGACUCGAUGUGCAGGUUUUAAAAGAGGCAUUUUAGAAUACUAGGUGGUACCGAAAGGGAGUUGUCUGUCCGUCCAUCUUGUAUAGCUGCACUUUUAUUUGGUAAUUCCUCCGCAUGCUUGUGUGUCUCUAAAGAAAGAAAGAAAACUUUUGGUUUUUGUUCUUGCAUCUGUUUACUGUAAAACGAGAAAUAUUUUGUAUGCUGCCAUAGUUCCUUGACAAUUUUUAUUUUGCCCUAGGAUGAGCACUGAACAAUUUGCUGAUACUACACUUCAUGUAUUUAGCUUUGUCCUGCCAUGAUGAACUUCUUCUUUUAAUGGUGCAGCAGGUGGUCCUGAAAAGCUGAGAAUUCUGAAUGUCAUGUUUUCUUCAGAGAAAACAGUUGCCCUAUGAAACCUUUUCCAUGUACAGCUCUUAUUUUUCCUUUCAGACAUCACCAUUGAUGGAUCUUCUCACAGCUAGUUCCUAUAGGGCUGUUCCUAAUGUAACAAUGUACUGAUUGCCCUAGAGAAGUACGAUCACCUUAGAGAAUGUAGAAACCCAUCUGGAUCUGGUUCUGGUUGGGCAUCGUUUUAGGAAGCAGUACAGCUGCUCCUUCGAUUAUGCUUCAGUUUUGGGGCCUGUUCUUCGUUAUUUUCCCAGUGAAUGGUUUCAACCCCAAAUGCCUGUGCACAGAUUGGGGGGCCGUGGACCUAAUGCCUUUAGAUAAGUGUUUUCUAGUCCGGUUUGCUUGUUACUUUCUCCAUUUGGUUAAGGGUGAGCAGCAGCGAGUGACAGCCUGCAGUUUGUUCCAAGUUCAGAUUUCUCUUCAGAAAGUGACAAGUGAAUAGAUCUACCACUUCUUAUCUUUUUAACAAGAGGGCCUUCGCUUUGUUUGGAUUUCAUCAGAGGGUUAUUGUCCCAGCCUUUCAAGUGCUCAUCAGGAUUAGCAGGAACACUAAGAAGUGUAAUACUAGGAGGGGGGGUUGUUACAUUACUGCCAAGAAAACAGAUUUUUCUUUUUCUUAAAAAAGGCUUUGAGUUCUCAGGUCUGAAUUACAUGCCUUAAGUAUACUUCAGUGCAAUGUUCUGUGACCACAAGAUCAUAGGUUCUUUCCCUCCUAAGAGUGAGGCAUUCUGGCCACAGCCAGCCAAGAGUGCCUCUUUCGCAAACCCCAUUCAAAUGAAGGAAAAUUUCUCGAGAACAACUCCAGUCUGGUUUGGGUUUUGUUUUGUUUUGAACGCGAGAGAAGUAGGACCUCCUUUGCACCCAAGAAAUGCCAGUUUAUCUUGUUGUUGCAGGAGUUUGCUUGGUACCAUUAUGUCUUUUCUUUUCUUUUUCCUGCUAUGCAGGAAUUCCAUGGAGUGUGUUUGCGCGUGUGUGUUUUUAUAUGAUGUCUGUAUCUUAACGUCAGAUGUUAAAUAAUAAUAAUAAUAAUAAUAAUAAUAGGAAAAUGUUCGUGUGUUAACAUUUUUGCAUCACUUCCACAUUAAUGAUUUGUUUUGUUUAAGGCUUUUCCAAACAAGAUAUAAGGAUACCUCUUUCUCUCUCUCUCCCCUUUAAACCUUGUGUAACCUGAUGUCUGUAAUUAGGUUUCCAAAAGAUCCCCCAUUUCAUACUGUAGAAUGCUGUCAUGUUAACAUACUUGACAAAUCUGCUUGUAGUUAAAGAGUGGAUCCCUUUGGAUCCCUCUUCUGUCCCCCCCCUUAAUUGGAAGGCUACAUAUAUUCAUUGAUAUCUGCUAGAUGACAUUGUUGGGGCUUGUUCAUGCAAACAUUUUUGAAGACCAUGUGCAGGGGCAGCAGUUCUUGAGGUCACCCUGUCUUCCUACCUUUCCCACAGCAGUAAAUAACACAAGAUCCGGUGUCUGUACCGGAUAGCUCUCAGUGUGUUGUCCAUAAUGAGUCAAAAGAGGGGUAUACAUAAACUCAAGGGGAUCCUAGAUACAGGUGAAUCCAAAACAGUAUUGGGUCACACUGUACAGUCUAGCUAGGAAGAGGAGGAUGAGAGGUGUUCACAAGACCAAGGUUUUCCCAAUGUCCUCACUAGGUACAAAAAUGUUCUUACCAAAAGACCCUCAGUUGUUUCUGCUCUGUCCUCAUUAGCAGUCAUGGGGAAAAUAGAUGACCCAUGAAAGGUGGUGGGAACCGAGCUUGAAAUUGUGAUUUGCUUAAAUAGGGGUAAAUGUUAAAGUGUGGCACUUGGAGAUAUAAGUUCCCUGGUGCAAGUAGCAAUGUGCCCUUGCUAGGAAUUGGCCAUAGAUCUCUUCCUACAAAAGGCAAGCAGAUGUGACCCUGGAGUGCUGUGGAGCAGCGAUCUUGUAGUGCUUCUCCAGAGGCAAUUCCCCAAAUGGUGGCUAUUGAAUGUACUUAAUUUAGAGUGGUCCUUUUUUGACCCAUAAUUUAAGAAACUAUUCUGCACUGUUUCUGUAACUUAAUUAUGAAUAAAGAUUUUGUAUACGAUGACAGGAAUUGCUUCAGGAGCCUUCUGUCUCUACCCCUAGUUUCCCUUCUACCAGAUAGCACAUCUCUGCUAAAGUAAUAUUCCAUUUCUUAGUGAUCUCACUUUUUAUAUAAUAAUAAUACACUCCCCGUGUUUGUUUCAUAAGUUUGCUGUUCGGCAUGUUGAAAUCAACGUGCUUCUGUAGUUCCAGACUUCUAAUGCCAAGGAUGAUUUUACCUGCUUAUUGAAUUAAUAUUCUGUUUGUCAGAGUGGUUAUUUUGGGUCACCAGAUUUUAAUGCAUGUGAAUAAUAAAGGGAGCCUUUUAACAUUGGAACUAGUUAAAUACAUCUACUGCAAUCACCCAAAAUUCAUCCAUGAUUUGCCAGAAACAGCUAAUAAUAAAUUAUUUGCUAAUUACUUUGAUAUUGCAGCAAAGCAUUCUUUGUGCUUAAUUUCUCCAAGGGGUCUUUGCACCCAUAGUUCUUAAGACUUGAAGUGCAAGUGUGGGAAUUUAUUACCUCCAAAGUCCAGGCAUGGGCCCUUAUAGGUAGUGUCUGCCCCAGGGCUACAAACGCGAUAAAGGUUUAUAAUACUUCCCUUGAAACAAGUCUGUUCUGUAAACUGAAACAGACAUCUUUUUCUGCAUCAAAUGACACUGUAGGUGAAGUUCUGGUUUACUUACUUACUGUUGGAAUUGUCUGUUUUUAUGGUAUUAACUGCUGUAGUUGUGGUGUUCUUGUAAUUAUAUACUUAAGCAUAAUUGCACCUUUUUUGGUUUAUGAUAACUAAAUCUUUUAUUGUUACAUGCACUGUGAAAAAAAAAUCAUGGGCCUAUAAAAACAAGUUUGUUUCUUUGA